AUGGAAAAAGCUGAUGCUGUUGAAAAUCAAACAGUUUCCAACAAUCAGGCCCAGUGUCUUGAUAGCAGAGCUAACAAUAACAACAACAAUAGUGAGACAGAGGAUUUUCUCUCUGUCGAUGAAAACAGCGGAAGAAUAUCUCCAGUAGUUAUCAGUGCUGCUAACAUUCUGUCAAACAGUAAGCAAGUCCAUCCACUGAACAAGCCCUACCAGUGUGACCUCUGUCCAAAAACUUUCACUAAACCAUUUUACCUCAAUCUUCAUCGCAAAGUUCACUUAAAGCCACCAAAAGUCUACGAGUGCUUUCAGUGCAAUGAGAUAUUCUCAACAUCAGGCAAGUUGUCAACUCAUGAGAAAGCAGUGCAUAAGGACAAAGUCCACUUUCCUUGUGACCAGUGUGAUCAGGUAUUUAGUUUGUUCCGGGCAUAUGUAUCUCAUCAGAAGACCCACUCGAAUGGAAAACCUUUGACGUGCGACCUCUGUGAUAAGCCAUUUGCCUAUUCCAGCCAAUUGGCUGCCCACAUGCGGGUACACACUGGUGAGCGGCCAUUUCAGUGCCAGCUUUGCCAAAAGAAAUUCACCUACUCAGGCCAUUUGACCGUCCACAUGCGCUCUCACACAGGAGACAGGCCUUACAAGUGUGAGGUUUGUAGUAAAUCGUUCACCCAGUCCAGUGACCUGACUCACCACUCAAAAAUCCACUCUGGAGUGAAGCCCCACACUUGUGGAGUGUGCUCUAAGUCAUUCACCCAUGCCGGCCAGUUGAUUGUCCAUCUACGAAAGCAUAGUGGGGAGAAGCCAUAUCGUUGUGAACACUGCCACAAAAGGUUUGCGCAGUCCAGUCACCUAACGUUGCAUAUCCGUUCUCACACAGGAGAGAAGCCGUAUCGUUGUGGCCGCUGCGACAAAUCCUUUGUUGACUCCAGCCACCUUGCUGUCCACACCCGGACACACACUGGGGAGAAACCAUUUGAAUGUCCAUUCCCUAGUUGUGGGCGGUUAUUUGCCCGCUCAAGUCAGCUGGCUCGGCAUCGAAGAUGUUGCCAGUACAAUAAAAACAAAACUGCAGUUCCCGAGAAAGAACGUCCAUUCAGAUGCACCUUUUGUCCACGGACUUUCAGUGCUGAGAACCACCUGGACUGUCACACCCAGGUGCACAUCAGUGAGAAACCUUAUGGUUGCCAAUAUUGUCAGAAGGCAUUCUGCAAACCUUCUCACCUGUCCGCCCAUAUGCAAACACACACAGGCGCUGAAAAACCUUACCAGUGCCCUGAGUGCUUACGCACAUUCACACAGUCAGCGUAUCUAGCUGCUCAUCGGAAAAAUGUCCACAGAAUCGCUGAUGCUUUUUCUACUUCCAUAUUCAUGACGACUUCAAGCCUCUCAAGUCGGGCAGUAGAAGACAACAGUGAUGAAUACGUCGAUGAUGAAGAAGAAGAAGAGGAGGAGAUGAAAGAGAAAGAAAAUAAUCAAUCAUCAUCAUCUGCAGGUGGACCAUUAAUUGAACUGACUCCUUUUACUCCUCUUGUCUAUCAACCAGAUGUUUCCUCCAUAGAGGAGGAGAGUAAAGAGAGUACAGGGUCGCUAAAAGAAUUUGGCAAGUGCUUGUAUCCAAAUAAGGCUGAAAAGAAUGAAAUUAGUGCAAUUAGAUGCAAUAGUUCCAGUCCUGUAUUUUCUGAUGGCUUCAGUCCUUCCCAGUCUCCUCGAAAUCACAGUAAUAACGAGGAGGAGGGUGAUAAAGACAACAGCAAUGCUGACAAUUAUAGUAGUUAUGAUGAUGUUGAGGAUGAUAAUGAGGACAUGAGCCUCCAAACAGAUAACUCUCAUUCUCUUUGGGCACAGGGUAAGAGCCCAAAGGUAAUGUCUUCCAAAAACUCUGUGAAUGAUGACUAUAUCUCGGAUAAGAGCAAAAUGGACUCAGAAGAAGAGAAUGAAAUUCAGGAAGAAAUCUGUGAAGGCAACUUACCUACCAUGCAGGGCAGCCCUCUUUCUCCCAGUGACAGAUUGCUAAAAAGCAAAUUAUCCAAAACAAACUGA